CUCCACAUUUCCCGCCCCCUACCCGCUGUGUGCAUCACCCAAAUGGUUCCGCAACCUAGAUCCUCGUUCUCCUCCGCGCUCCAAGCCUCGGCUUCAGUCGCUUUUUUCCAAGGAGCCGGGACAAAAAUGGUUCAGCAGUGAGACAGACAUGGCACAUGGACAUGAGCAUGGACAUGGACAUGGUCAUGGAAAAAUUGAACUCCCUGAUUACAGACAGUGGAAGAUAGAAGGAACACCACUACAGCGAAUCCAGGAGAGGUUGGCUAAGCAAGGUCUCAGGGAUCCAUGGGGACGCAAUGAAGCUUGGCGAUACAUGGGUCGUUAUGGAAAACCUGCUACCUUGUGGGCUGCUUUGUCAAGAGGAUUCAAAUGGGGUUUUGGAGCAUUUUUAUUAGCUGUUGGAGUGGAAUAUUUCCUAACUGCUCCAAAGAAUGAAGAGGAACAUUCUUCUAAACACUGAAGUUAAGACAUAGAGGAAUUAUAGCUAAUUAUUUAGAGUGAAUGUUAAAGAUUAAUAUUAAAAUUUUACUUGGUAAAA